AUGCGAGCGGGGCGUCGGAAUACGGCGGACGGGGUUCCUUUUCCCCAUCGACGUCAGUCCUCGACCCUAGCCGCGCGGACUGCGUCUAUCCCCAACCUUGUCAACGCUGCUGGGGUCGAGGACCCCGUCCGCGGCAUUCCUAGCUGGAGGUGGAGGGAGCGAAAGCGGGAAAAACAGAGAAAACUCGGAGCCCCCAACUGCCUUCGUUUUCCACGAGGCGAGUCUUCUCCGCGGGCCUGUCGCGUGGGAAGGAAGCAUCAUCUGGCGCCCAAGGGAUUCCCGGCCCGAGUCAGUUGCGUGCAGCAAGAAGGCGUGGAUACAUACGUCUGGUUCGAGUCUCCUCCAAGGCGUCAGCCAUGCCGGCCUGCUGGGGCAUGCCGACGAACCCACCGUGAAAAUGCCUGGCACUAA